UUGUGGAAUCAGGAUCCAUUUUACUUCUUGGUAAUCUACCAAGCCCAUUCCCAACUCAAAACGGGUUUCUAACCCAACCCAGAAAAUAUCCCCAACAGACAAAUAACGUGUUUCCUAAGAUGCCCCUAUAAUUUAUUUAAUUUCUUUUUCAACCCGGAGUUCCCUCGACCGGAGGGUUUUAGAAUUACAGGUCCCCUCCCCCUCCCUCUUCUGUUUCCAACCGCGCCUUUCUCAGGAAUUUUAUUUCAGUAGUAAAAGAAAAGGCUGAUACUUUUGAAAUUAUGGGUAAAGCUUCCAGGGACAAGAGGGAUAUUUACUAUCGGAAAGCAAAAGAAGAAGGUUGGCGUGCUCGAAGUGCCUUUAAGCUUCUUCAGAUAGACGAAGAAUUCAACAUUUUUGAAGGUGUAAAGCGCGUGGUAGAUUUAUGUGCUGCCCCAGGUAGCUGGAGUCAGGUUUUGAGUCGCAAAUUGUAUCUUCCCGUGAAGCAGUUGCCUGCUUCAAAGGAUGGUGAUCUUCCUCUUAUUGUAGCCAUUGAUUUACAGCCAAUGGCUCCAAUUGAAGGUGUAAUCCAAGUGCAGGGUGAUAUAACUAAUGCCCGAACAGCUGAAGUGGUAAUUAGACAUUUUGAUGGCUGCAAAGCUGAUCUUGUUGUCUGUGAUGGUGCUCCUGAUGUUACCGGUCUUCAUGACAUGGACGAGUUUGUUCAGUCCCAACUCAUACUUGCUGGCUUAACGAUUGUUGCGCAUGUACUUAGAGAAGGUGGAAAAUUUAUUGCAAAAAUAUUUCGUGGAAAAGAUACGAGUCUUCUAUAUUGCCAGCUGAAAUUAUUUUUCCCUGUAGUGACUUUUGCAAAACCAAAAAGCAGCAGAAACUCCAGCAUAGAGGCAUUUGCAGUUUGUGAGAAUUAUUCACCCCCUGAAGGAUUCAAUCCAAAAGACUUGUAUCGACUCCUGGAAAAGGUGGGCAGUCCCUCAGGUGGAGACGAUCUAGAUUGCAGUAGUGGAUGGUUAGAAGGGCCCAAUAAGGUUUAUAUCCCAUUUUUAGCUUGCGGGGACCUAAGUGGGUAUGACUCUGACCGUUCAUACCCACUACCGAAAGUUGCUGAUGGAACUUACCAGAGCUUGGAUCCUGUCCAGCCCCCUAUCGCCCCUCCGUAUAAGAGAGCUCUUGAAAUAAAGAAAGCUUCCGGUCAUGGUAUCCGAGACCUUGAAAAGCUUCCCUUGGAUUCUUGAUUUCACUGCUACUUGCAUAAAAUAGACAGACACAUUAAGAAAUGGAUAAAUCCAUUGCCAUAUUGAGAUUUUUACUGGAGAGACAAUGAUUACUGUUCUUGUUUUAUGCUAUAUUCUUUCUCUUUAUUUCCAAAAGAAACAAACAAAAAAAGGUGUUUUCUCUCAUAAUGGCCUGUCUGCCCCUCAAACUAUCAAUCAUCUUAAUCCUUUCGUGGCAUCUUGUUCCAAACAAUAAGUACUUUAAUUUGUAGAGUUCGUUAGUCCAUUCUUCGCUUUAUAUAC